AUGGUGGGCUUCCUGUGUGUCACCUUGGGGAAUGGAGUGCGACCGAGAGCCGGAUAUGCAGUAGUCUUCCAAUUUGCCACCCUAUGCUUGGCUGUAUCGAUGGCGCUGGAGUUUCUGGUGCAGCAGGAGGCAAGGAUGCGAUACUCGCAGUUUCAGUUGCAGGACGGCAUCGGCUACUACAAGUUCUUGCGAUUCUGCAUGGGCGCAUCUCAGCUCUUUGCCACCCACGGAGUGUGCAUGCUUUGUGCGAUGCAUCUGGGCCAUGCGCAGCACUUUCAGAAAUGCCCCGACAUGCCGUGGAGCGUGGCGAGCAAGCAGGCAUUCCUCGCCGUGUUCGGAAUGGUCACCAUCGCCUGGCUGGUUCAGAGAAACCGCUCUGGCCACAACUGGCCAAUAUGCCAGCCACAGGAGUUCAUGCUUGUGGCUGCCUGGGAGUGCUUCCUGCCAGCGGUGGAUCUUGUGAUGGGCGUGGUUUUUCUGACCGUUGGGCUUCGACACUACACGGAAGCGAUUGAGUUGGGCAGCGAUGCAGACUGGAUGCUGCUGCCAGCAGUGAUGAAGUUCAUCGACUUUGACUCCUUUGUGAUUCUAGCCACUUUCAUUGCAUCAACUGGUCACCAGAUCGCAGUGACCUUUGAAUAUUAUACCGAGCGGAUGCUCAUCUCGUGGGCAAUGGAGGUUUGUUCCAACGUGUCCUCAUUGGGCCUGGCGGUGUUCACCUUUGCAUGCUGGAAGAAGCCGCCCAUGCAGGGAUGGACCCGCUUCUUGCUUUGGCUUGCGUUGAUGAUUUCCUUCGAGAACUUCAUGUAUUACCAGUCGGUAGAGGACUGCGAAAUGGCAUCCGCACUGCCAGGCUGCUGCACUUUCCCUUCCUUCCCAGACGUGAGCGCGGAAGGAAAGGAGCUGUGGCAGAUGUGCGCUUUAGAUCACCGAUGUAUGCAAGCCAACCCCGUCUCUUCAACCGACAACAGGACGCACUACUGCAAGCUUCCUCGUCUCUUUCACCACGGUGGUCACGAGGAGCCACACAAAGAGCACAGAGAUUCAGAUCUAAAAUGGGGUCGUCGGCCAAGCCUUCCACCUGAUGUCACCUGCACCGAGCUGAAGCAAAGAUGGCGAGACUUUCCCACUGAACUGAAGGUCGAAGAAACUCGCGAGCACGAGGAAUCCUUCUCGACGGCUUUCAGGCAGUUCAAAGCCCUGGGCAGCGCUGGCAACAUCGAGUUUAACUUUGCACUCAUGGGCGUCCUCAUGAAGGUCAUCUUUCUGGUGUAUCACCCCAACAGCAUCCAGAUACUGGAAAUGAGACGCCAUUCGCAGCAUGGCGAGUCGGCGUCAGCCCACUAA